CGGAAGUGACGUGAAGAAAGCAGGGUCAACGAACCAGCCGUGCGCCGGAAGUUGCUGAAGAGAAAGAGCGUGCGGUGGGAACCGGUGGAGGAGGUUACGGUGUGACACAAUGGGGAAACAGAAGAAAGCAAAGAAAUAUGCUACCAUGAAACGCAUGAUCAGCCUACGUGAUCAGCGCAUCAAAGAGGCAGACCGAGCAAAACCCAAAGAGAAAAAGAAGGAAGAUCCCAGUGCAAUCAAAGAGAGAGAAGUCCCUAAAUAUCCCUCCUGCUUGUUCUUUCAAUAUAACACUCAACUAGGGCCUCCCUACUAUAUCUUGGUUGAUACCAACUUCAUUAAUUUCUCAAUCAAAGCCAAACUGGACCUAGUGCAAUCAAUGAUGGAUUGCCUCUAUGCCAAGUGUAUUCCCUGUAUCACAGAUUGUGUCAUGGCUGAAAUUGAAAAACUGGGACAGAAGUAUCGUGUGGCACUUAGGAUAGCCAAAGACCCACGAUUUGAACGCUUACCAUGCACUCACAAAGGAACCUAUGCAGAUGACUGUUUGGUGCAGAGGGUCACUCAGCACAAGUGUUACAUAGUGGCUACUGUAGACAGAGACCUCAAGCGGAGAAUACGGAAGAUCCCUGGAGUUCCAAUAAUGUAUAUAUCCAAUCACAGGUAUAACAUUGAGAGGAUGCCUGAUGACUAUGGGGCCCCCCGAUUUUAAUCACCCGUUGGAAUGAGUCCAAAAUAGGCCUGCUGCUCCACAUUCUAAAUCCUGAGCCUGUUAUAAGGUUCCUCUGUUUCUAAUUCACUUCUAAUUAACUUGUUCAGCUAGUUAAGUAAGUGAACUGAUUUCAUGGAGUUUGCUUCUUGGAGAAAAAAGCAUAUUGAAUUUCUUCCCUUGUUCUGUACUCUGGGAUAAAUAAUUCCUUAUGGUUUAGAUAGAGGCUUUUGGGAAUGUCUUCUGUAUUUGAGUUCUUUUUUGUACUGAAGCUAUCUUAAUUAAAGUUUCUCAUGACACUUCUGUAGGAAGUGUUGAGAGGGGCCCUUCAAGGGAAUAUAUGCAGAAAUUUGGUGUCUUGCUUGGACCUAUGGAAAUGCAGAUCAUUCUGAAAAUCUUUAAUCUGCAAAAAGGCACGUUUCUUGGACACUUCCAGAUUCAAAUGUUUCAUUUUCAGUCAGCAUUCUAGUGAAGCCAUAUCAGCAAUAUUAAAACAGUUCCAUUUGUAGUUUUCAGGGGGUAUAAUCAACUCUGGAAAAACAAUAAAGAGAAGUUAGCUUAAAAUCUGGCUAAUAUGUUUGGUGUUUUUUUUCCUUUGAUGGCUGCUCUUUAAUAUAAUAGAGUCCUUAUACCUUUAAGGUAAGCAAACCUGUCCAUUUUUUAUUGUACAUAUAAAAAGGAAUUUGGAUGUAAUGGUAUGGCUGAUUUUUAUUAACGAGUUAUGCAAAAAUAAACAAAACAGUAUAAAUAAAAUGGAUCAACUAAUUAAUCUUA